AACGUCUAGUCGGAUUCUGGCUAUCCUCUCUCCUAUCAUGACCGAAUCCAACCGCCAGCUCCUCCUCCGGUGCAUCGUUUGCAUCACUACUUCUGUGAGCGCUUCUUCGCACACUGUAGCAAUCUCCGUUCCCGAAGCAAUUCAGCAGAUAAUAAUCAAACUCUAAAAAGUCGUCUAUUUAUCUUCAGGUUACAAUUCAAAUCGGACUAACCUAAACGAGGGAUGGGAACAACCGUCGGCUGCUGCCCUCAUUGGCUCAUUGCUAUGUGGAUGUGUCUUUUUACCUUAACUUCCACCCUGGACAUGACGAAAACGAAUAUAAGGUGCAUUCCAUCAAGCCAACUCUCUGUUAUCAAGCCGGCUCCCCGGGAACUCUCUAAAGUGGGAUUUGAUCUAUUUGGAAAGGGACCUGAGGAUGAAGUUGUGGGGGUUGCAGAGAAGUCACCAGGUUGUCACCCCUUUAAAAGCAGCUGUAAAAAAGCCAAUGUUGCGGAAUAUUUAGCGCGCGUCUCCGGUGAUGGCGAGGGAAGAAGUUCAGUCCUUGAAUCCGAGCAGCCGUUUGUAAAUAAAUCAUACAGCCGUGGAUUAGAAGAACGUCGGCUCGUGGACAGUUCUGAAGUGCUCUAUCAACAUCAAAGUGGCUCGGGCAACACCUCCAAACUCACAGAUAGGCCUAUGCCGCCACCUGCCACCCUCAAUAAAGUAACCGUCAAUAACACUAGACAUAAUACAAUUAAUAGUUUUGGAAGAGAAAAUAGACUUAAACGACACGAGUUAUCAAAAAACAAGGCUGGGUCAAGUUUGAGGAACCUUCGCCGUCGACGAAAGCGCAGCUUCCAAACGGCGGAGAGCAAAACAUCUUGGUCCGGAUUCCGAUGGAACAGUGAAGAUGCGUCAACCUCCGGGCAACAUGAGUUGAAACUCAGUAGUUCUACAUUCGCACUCACGGGGGAUUCAGCUCAUAACCAAGCCAUGGUGCAUUGGUCCGGCCAAAAUAGCAGCGUGAUUCUAAUGCUGACGAAGUACUUUGACUUCAGCCUUGGCAGUGUCACAGAGAGCUCUCUAUGGAGGUCAACAGACUAUGGAACCACGUAUGAGAAACUUGAUGAAAAGGUCGGGCCAAAAACCAUACUAAGCUACUUGUACGUGAGUCCGAAUAACAAACGAAAGAUCAUGUUACUGACCGACCCUGAGGUGGAGAGCAGCCUGCUCAUUAGCUUUGACGAGGGCGCAUCCUAUCAGAGGUACCACUUAGCCUUCGACAUCCUCAGCCUCCUCUUCCACCCCGAGCAGGAGGACUGGAUCCUGGCUUACAGCCACGACCAGAAGCUCUACGUCUCUGUUGAAUUUGGAAGACGAUGGCAGCUCGUACAUGACAGUGUGGUCCCCAACAGAUUUUACUGGUCAAAACUGGGUUUGGACAAAGAACCAGGAGUGAUUCACUUGGAGACAAGUGUUUCUGACAGACGAUCCCAGUAUAUAACAUGUAGGCUGCAGAACUGCACAGAGGCCAACAAAGGCAGGCCUUUCCCUGGGUUUAUCAGCCCGGAUUCCCUGGUGGUUCAGGACCAGUAUGUAUUCAUUCAGGUACCAAUGGGUGGCCGGCCUGUCCAUUAUGUGUCAUACAAAAGAAAUGCUUUCUUCCCCAUGAAGCUGCCUAAGUACACAUUUCCAAAGGACUUGCAGAUAAUCAGCACAGAUGAUAACCAGGUGGUGGCAGCAGUGCAGGAUUGGCACCAGAAUGACUCCUACAACUUGUACAUGUCAGAGGCCCGCGGUCUCUUCUUCACUCUGGCCCUGGAAAACGUAGUGAGCAGUGGGGGACCAGAAGGCAACGUUAUGAUAGACCUCUAUGAGGUAGCAGGGAUAAAAGGGGUGUUCUUGUCAAAUAAAGUUGUCGAGAACGAAGUGAAAACAUUUAUCACUUACAAUAAGGGGCGAGACUGGCGUCUUCUACAUGCUCCUACCACUGAUCUGAGCGGUACCAGACUCUACUGUGUACAGCCCUAUUGUUCAUUGCACCUGCAUCUUCAUGUGUCUGACAACCCGUACACGUCUGGAAACAUAGUCAGCAAAGAAUCAGCUCCAGGAAUUAUAGUGGCAUCAGGUACCAUUGGGCCUGAGCUGACCGCCAAUAAUGUCAGCAUUUUCAUCACCUCAGAUGCUGGCAACACUUGGAGAGAGGUAUUUGAGGAGGAGCAUAGCAUCCUCUUUCUUAACCAAGGCGGUGCCCUAGUGGCCAUUCGACACACACCUCUCCCCAUCAGACACAUUUGGUUGAGUUUUGAUGAGGGAAGACACUGGAAGAAAUUCAGCUUUACCUCCUCUCCUCUCUAUGUAGACGGAGUCUUAGGAGAGCCAGGGGAGGACACCCUCAUCAUGACAAUAUUUGGCCAUUUCAGCCAUCGUUCUGAAUGGCAGCUCGUCAAGAUUGACUUCAGGCCCAUAUUCAACAGAAGGUGCACCACAGACGACUAUCAGACCUGGCAGUUACACAAUGACGGUAAAGUCUGCAUCAUGGGAGUGAAGAGAAUCUUCCAGAAUCUGAAGCCCGACGCCAGAUGUGUCAAAACCAAAGAUCAGUACAUCUCCCAUAUGUCAGACUCCUGUCCAUGCACUGAGGCUGACUUUGAGUGUGAUUAUGGCUUUGAGAGGCAGAGUGAUGGAGGAUGCACUGCUGCCUUCUGGUUUGUUCCAUCCUCCGUGUCCAGAGACUGCACCACCGGGGACAGCUUCCUAAACACUACAGGAUACCGUAAGGCUCUGUCCAAUAACUGCACUGUGGGAACCCUUGGGAAGUACCGCCUUAGGAGACAGAGGUGUCCCCACCAGGCCCCCAGAGGUCUGCAGCUGGUCACCAGUGAGGGAACACUCACAGCCACCCUGGAGGACAACGUGACCUUCCUGGUGUUUCUGGAGGAGGGUGAUGGCUCCACAACAAGUAUAACAGUGGACUUUGGAGAUGGGACGGCCAUAUCCUACGCUAACAUCAGCUCCAUAGAAGAUGGGGUCAAACAUACCUACAGUAAAGUCGGCAUUUACCAAGUGGCUGCCAUGGCACUCAACAGCCUGGGCUCUGAGAGAGUCUUACUAUACCUACAUGUUACCUGUACACUUGAGCAAGUGCAGCUUUCAGCUCCCUCUGUGGUUGUUAGGAAUAAAGCAGUGAAUCUGUCAACAGUCCUAAAGCCAAGUUACGUUGGAACAGUCACCUACUACUGGUGGUUCAACAACCACACCGAGCCUGUCGUGACUUUAGUGGGAGGAAUGUCCUUCACCUUCUACAAGGAGGGAACUCAUACUGUCACCGUGCAAGUGUCAGUAGGCAACACCGUCCUUCAAGACAAAAUAACUGUUGCAGUCUAUGAAUAUUUCCGGUCACACGUUUUAGCAUUCUCCUCUAAUCUGGAUGCCUUCAAUCCUGCUGUGGCUGAAUGGAGACAGGACAUCAGUAGAGUGGUCAAGGACUCCAUGGUCCAAGUCACAGGGAUCAAUGGAGAGCAGCUUCUGGUGUCAGUGCUCCCAGGGUUGCCAACAGCAGCAGAGUUGUUUAUCAUCCCAGAGAAAAGGUCAACAGAGGGGACGAUGAAUAGAAAAGGGACACAUUUAGAGCAGCUUUCUCAGGUCCUGCUAAGUGCCCUGAACCAAGACCUCAUCCAGUUUACUCUGCGGCCCGGGGUUCAGGUUAACGUUUACCCCACACGACCGUCUCCAGCUCCUCUCGUGGACACCAGUGAGAGUGGGCACAAUGGUGCUGCAGUCAUUAUGCUAGUGUCUGUAGCAUUUGUGGGUUUGGCAGUUUUCGUUAUCUACAAGUUCAAAAGGAAGAUCCCUGGCAUCAACAUAUACACAGAGGAGAGGUCAGAGAAACAACAGGAAGUGAUCCCUACGGUGGCGUCCAUUGCUGUCCCAAAUCCUGAGGGAAACAUGGUGACCUCUUUGGAGCACUUGGACCCAGGGCCAGAUGCACGUGGCAUAGGAUACCUGCCAUCUCUCACUGCCAUCAAACUCUCAGAUGAAACUCCCCAUGUGUUUUAAUUCUCAGAGUCGACAGCCGACUUGUAAUACAUCUUUUUGGCAGUUACUUCCAGCAAACUCUGAAGUCAUGGAACCAAUGGAUGGUCUCGGGUGUUUUCUACCCAUGCAUGGACAGACCAGCUUACACUAUUUUGCCUGGACUCAG